AUGUCGGCCGGCGGAGCGGCCGUCCCGCCGCCCCCGAACCCCGCCGUGUCCUUCCCGGCGCCUCGGGUCACCCUGCCCUCCGGCCCUGACAUCCUGCGGACCUUCGGGGCCUUCGUCUGCCUGGAGAUUCUCUUCGGGGGCCUUGUCUGGAUUCUGGUCGCCUCCUCCAACGUUCCUCUACCUCUGCUGCAAGGAUGGGUGAUGUUCGUGUCCGUGACGGCCUUUGUCUUCUCCCUUCUCUUCCUGGCCGUGUUCCUCUCCGGCAUGGUGACGCAGAUCGAUGCCAACUGGAACUUCUUGGAUUUUGCUUACCAUUUUACAGUGUUUGUUUUUUACUUUGGCGCCUUUUUACUGGAAGCAGCAGCCACAUCCCUGCACAGUCUGCACUGCAAUACAACCAUGGGUUUGCAGCCACUCCUGGAUGAAAACCAGUAUAACAUAAACGUAGCUGCCACAAUUUUUACCUUUGUGACGACAGCUUGUUAUGGUUGCAGUUUGGGUUUGGCCUUACGGAGAUGGCGACCGUAACACUCCUUAGAAACUGCCCGUGUGUGCGUCUCGUUGGUCUACUUAUAUCGUCAUCUGGUCACUUUGGAUAUUGUUCGCUCAGAGAGAACAACAUUCCAAAAGUAACAUGUUCAGGAUAGAGAGAGAAUCUAAGUAAAAGUUUUUGUUCAUAUCAUGGUUGGAAUUUUAAUUGUCUUAUGAUGUAGAACAGAGAAAUAACCUAUAAUUUUGCAUCCAUCCCUUUGUUUUUCUAAAGAAAACUUCCAUUAACAUCUAUAAAAUAUUCAAUAUAUAGAUAUUGUUCAUCUCAUUCUAUAGUUGCUAAGACAACUGAACCUUAAUUUUAGUAGGUACCUAAAACUCCUGAAAAAAAAAAAAUAGCACAUUUCAACUAGGUUUCUUGAUGAAUCCAAUAUUUUAGUGUAAAACAAGUUCUGACACUCUUUUUUUAUAGUUUCAGAUGGUAAAUAUUUUAGACUUAGCAGACCAUACAGUUGCUGUCAUAGCUAUUCAGCUCUGCUGUUACUACCUGAAAGCAGCUAUGGACAAUACAUAAAUGAAUGUGUGUGGCUAGAUUCCAAUAAAACUUUACAAAAACAUGCCCCAGGCUGAAUUUGGCCUGUGAGCUGUGCACUAUAGUUUGCUGACUUCUGGUAUAAAACUUUUGUUCUAUGUUCUAUAUUCCACCAGACUAAUUUUGAAAGACAUGAAACUACUUAGAUAAGACACAUAAUAUUUAGUCUCAUUAUGCAAUAAUCACUUUGCCUUUGUGUUAAUGGUCAGAUAUUUAUCCUUGAAGGAGUGUAUAGUUUCUCAAGCUAAUUCAAGCAGAGUCUUGGGCAUAAGAAAAAGUAAUUUAUGAAAUGAUCCCUAGUUCCUUAAUCAAACUAAGGGUCUCCUGACAAGUGAGCAAAUCUCUUACUUGGCAUCUUUCAAAUGAGGUCUCCAGGGACCAUUAAUCACUGCAGGAACUGGUAUUUAGCGACUUAUAUAUUAUUUUGGAUUUAUUUAUGUUUCAGAAUAUACUUGUUUGCCCUGUGCAUGAAUACAGGAAUAUUUGUGUGUGGAUAUUUGAGGUUCUACCAAAUAGAGCUCUCUGAAGAAUUAAUUGUUUACUGCUAGCUAUUUUGCAUUGAUGUUUGAGUUAAAUUUGAAUAGAGUAUUAAAUUUAACUUAAAGUUGUAGAGUCUUACAUGCUUUGAUAAUCACCCUACAUCUGUGUUGUUUUGCUUGGGUAACAUACACAAAAGCAGUUUUGAAACAAUACCUAUCACAAAAACUGUAUCUGGCUGGAUAGCACAGGGAAAAAUACCAUAUUUUAACCCCUGUAGACAUCCUGGCUGUGGAACAGAGUCAGAGUAGUUUGAAUGGGAGAACAAGGUAGAGUUAGAUUCCAAAUGCUGCCACACUGUCCAGGGUGCCCAAAGGGCUGCCUGUGGGGAGAGGGCUUUCGAUCACUCUAUACUUUCAGCUCUUUGAUUUUUGGCUGAAUCAUUCCCUAAGCCAUGUAUAAGUUGGGCUGUUAGAUUUCAUGGAACAUAGAACAAUCAAGAAUGAAUAUUGUAAUCAAUGCUCAGUGAUCAAAUGCUAUUUAUGUAUCAAUCCCCUAGAAAGAAAAAAAACAAUUAGAGAUUAGUUUGUGAUAUAACUAUAAAGAUUAAAAUAUAUGUUUUAAUAUGUGGCUUGAGAAAAUCGGUCUUAUGACUUUAUACACAUGUCUUAUAUUUUCUAUACUAUCCUACUCCCUUAGUUUUUCUAGGUCCAUCUGCCACACUUCAACCUGUAUUAUGAACUGUAUAUUACAAAGUCAUAAAAUGUGCCAUAAAGGUAUAUAUUCUAGUGGGAAUCGUUUAAAGUUAGCGUACUAGAUUUAGCUGUGAGAUUUUUAUUUUUGUUUCCAAGGUAUAACAGGUCCGCGCUUGGUGGCAUUAAAUUAAAUGAUUUCAUGAAAAUGCUUUGGUGGCACUUUUGCACAUGGAUUGCUUCUUGAUCAUUAAGAACCAAGCCUAACACUCAUCUAACUGUGAAUACUUACAUUUGUAGAUUAAUCACAUUCUAGAUUUGUGAGUUGAAUGACAAAGCACUUGAACAAAAAUAUAUGGCAUUUAAGAGCUUCUUUAUGUAUCUUAGUUGUAAAGAUGAGAAUGUGUUGGUUGGUUUUAAAAUCUGGUAACUCCAUGAUGAAAAGAAAUUUAUUUUAUAAGUGUUAUGACUCUAAUAAAG